AUGCGACGACCACCACUACACCUACCGCUGCGGCAGCCACUACAUCUACCGCUUCGCCGACCACUACAUCUACUGCCCGACGACCACUACAUCUACCGCUGCGACGGCCACUACAGCUACCGCUUCGCCGACCACUACAUCUACCGCUUCGCCGACCACUACACCUACCGCUACGCCGACCACUACAUCUACCGCUUCGCCGACCACUACAUCUACUGCUGCGACGGCCACCACAACUACCGCUUCGCCCACCACUACUUCAACCGCUGCGGCGACCACUACAUCUACCGCUGCACCGACAGCUACAACUACCUCCUCGCCGACCACUACAUCUACCGCUUCGCCGACCACUACAUCUACCGCUUCGCCGACCACUACAUCUACUGCUGCGGCGACCACCACAACUACCGUUUCGCCCACCACCACCUCAACCGCUUCGCCGACCACUACAUCUACCGCUGCACCGACCACUACACCUACCGCUGCGCCGACCACUUACAACUACCUCUUCGCCGACCACUGCAUCUACCGCUUUGCGCCGACAAUUACAUCUACCGCUGCGCCAUGCACUACAACUACUACUGCUACGACCUCUACUACAUCGACAACAACAGGUUGCAAUGUAUCCAGGAAGUGUCACGUGUGUACGUCCAGAAACGCCCGAUGUCCAGCGAACGGCAACAUCGCUGGAACUUCCCCCGGUGAAGUCUGUCCAUGUGGUACUGCCUGCUACUCCGAUGUCAGAUACGACGAUGAGAACAUAGUGCAUCGAGGAUGCACCAGAGGUUUUCCCCAGUGGGAAGAAACGUCCUCCAAAGACCCGACAUGUCGAGAAAUUGGUCGACACUUCCUGUGUUUCUGUCAAGGAGAUCGUUGCAAUACGCACGACAUGACGACCUACCUUUCCGGAAAGUGAUCGAGAGACAGUUAUUUAAACGCUCUCUUUAACAAG